UGAUUUUUAAUUAGAUUGGAUGCUAAUUUAAGAAAUACAAGUUAAUUGGAUUAGGUUUCGGUUUUACCGUGUUUAUUUUUAAUUUUUUGGUCGUUCAUCAUGUUUCUAUUUGUUUUAAAAUUUUAAGGUAAGUUACAAUAAUGCUGUACAUACUUGAUCAUAGCUAUCCAACUCUAAUUUUUUUUUUUUCCCUCUUUUCUUUCUCUAGCGUCCACUAUCCUGUUACUAUUUGCUUCAAAUUGCUGUUCUUUAUUAUUAUAUAGGUUGCAAGAAUUUUAUGUUGAUUUCUGAUGGACCAAAUUGUAUGGAACCUCAUGAUCAAAUAUGGAUCCAUCCGUAGCCCAAUAGAUGAAAAUACGACAUCGUUAAGGCCCAACCGCUCAAAUCCAGUUCAGAGCCCUGUUUCUCACUGUUUGCUUGGAGCAAAAUUAAACCCGCCGAAAUCAUAGAAACCGGACUCUGUCGGAGAACUCUCAGAGAAAAACCCGCCAAAAUCCCGACUUCAAAGUUCAAAUUCAACCCAUGAUCGCGAUCUCCAAACGCAUAUGAAGGCGCUUCAUCUUCUAACCCAGUUUAGGAAGCCAAGUCCCUCGCUAUUGUUCUCGCAAAGGCUCGCCCUUUUAUCUUCGUCUUCAGCCGCUAACCCUAGGGUUUCAAAUUCCUUUUCCGACGACGACCGAGAAGGCAGCGGCGUUUAUCGGCGCGCACUCAAGUUCCAGCGUCCAACGACAAUCACAUGGCGUCGUCGGGAAGAGAGUCUGGGCAACUCUGAUAGCUUUAUUGGCACUGUAUGGCAUCCUUGGCAAGAGAAUCUGGGCAACUCUACUAGCUUUAUCGGCACUGUAUGGCAUCCUUGGCAAGAGAAUCUGGGCAACUCUGCUAGCUUUAUCGGCACUGUAUGGCAUCCUUGGCAAGAGAAUCUGGGCAACUCUGCUAGCUUUAUCGGCACUGUGAUUCACCCCCUUCGGGUCGUAAACAACAACGACCGUGGUCCGUUUGGCGUUCACACUGUUCUUUGCGUCAAAAACUCCCCUCAAUCUGACAGCAAUUUUAGGAUACUACUGAUGAUGUGGGGCGAGAUGGCAGAAUUGUCUUUCAAACAUUUGAAACAGAAUGAUUUUAUUUAUGUCUCAGGUUGUUUAGGUUCUUACACAAAGGCGGAUCAGAAUGGGGAUUCCAGACUGCAUCACCAGUUAGUAGUGCAGGAGUUGAAUUAUGUAGCACAACAUGGACAAGGAUCAAGCUCCAAAACUUAUGAGGAACCACAAUCUGAUGGAGGUGGAGCUGUUUCAGAGAAGUAUAAGGAUCGCCUUCACUUGUGGCAAGUGUUUUUUGCCAAUCCGUAUGAAUGGUGGGAUAACAGGGAAGACAAGUUGAAUCCAAGGCAACCAGAUUUUAAGCACAAGGAUACUGGUGAAGCUCUCUGGCUGUCGCCAGGUGAUCCUCCAUGGAUUAAAAGACAACUCGAAUUGCUUGACACGAGAAUGGCACAACAAGGGCACGGCCAAAAACGUUUCCGUGUCUCCAAGUGGGAGUAUGAUGAGUAGGUGUAGGUGCAGGCUACAAAAGGAAUGGAUUGUGGUAUUGGAGCCUUGCUGCGGGGGUUUACAUGUUGCUGCCAUGGACUGGAAACAAGAAAAAAUGGAAUUGGUCAUAAAACAGGAGAGAGGUUAAGCAUGAUAUAUGAGCAAUUUAAAUAAAUCAAAUAUUUGAUGGGGAAAAAAGGAAGAAGAAAGUUAGCGCAAAAGUGGGUUUGUUGAUUGACAUGGAUCGUGACCGUAUGAGGUCCAUCAGUAAAGGGUGAGACAAUUGUAAACGAUUGUGUUCUGUAAAGCUCUUAACAAAAACAUAUUUGCAUACAAAAAUUCGGAAUGUACAGAAGUCCUUGUAAUUCUUUUUUUUU